AUGCCUGUCAAUACUAUCACAGUGUCGGCGGCCGUUACGCCCACUGUUAUCGAGACGGCGUUCAAACACUACUUCAAUCGCGGACAGCUCCGACAGAAACCUACGGCGCAUAUAUCGUAUCACGAAGGCCUUGAACUCAUACGCCGGUUUCUGCAUUACGCCUCGUUCCAUACAGUGGAAGAGCUACAAGCUUUCACCGCUCAAUGGGUGCCCGUGCCGUACUGGGUACAUGUGGAAGAGGUGGAAGUACCACAGAGAGCAAUGGAUAAGUCAGCGGAGCAUAUAAUAGCACAGCUGGGCCCAGAAGGCUUAUAUCAUGUUGGCGGAAGGACCUGGUGGCAAUGGCGCAUGAAUAACAGUCCGCUAAAGGCGGAGUGGAUCGAGAUGCGAAAGGACUACGAGGAGCGCACUAGGGCGGGAGACCGGCAAAGUCGGCGCAUCAUGCUUUAUGUCCAUGGCGGUGCUUAUUUCUUCGGCAGCGUGGAUACGCAUAGAUACCAGUUGCAGCGUCAUGCGAGAAAGUUGAAGGCAAGGGUUAUUGCGCCCAAUUAUCGACUUGCUCCUCAAUUCCCGUUUCCCUGCGGACUGCAAGAUUGCCUUGCCACGUACUUAUAUCUCCUUGAUCAGAAACACGAUCCAUCCACGAUUCUGCUUGCAGGAGACUCGGCCGGAGGCGGUCUGGUUCUAAGCAUGCUGGUCAUAUUGCGAGACCAGGGGCUUCCCCUUCCCGCAGGAGCAAUCCUGCUCAGUCCUUGGGUAGAUCUUACUCACUCCUUUCCCUCGCUGGGCGGUGAUGGAAAACUGGAUUAUAUUCCUGCGCAUGGCUUCGUACAUAAACCAAGUAUUAGCUGGCCACCGCCCAACGCUGAUGAUCUUGCCCAGUUCGAGCGCCAUUCACGGUCGCAUCAGGACAAGAAGUUAAGCCCACGAACAUCGCAUUCCAAAUCUGAGAAAGACUUGAGCCAGGACAAGACCGAGCGCGUUCACGGCUUCUCCAUAUCUGAAGCAUCCGGUACCGACGGUGUUCUGAGCACAGAAGAAGAGGAUGACAGCUUCUUCGUAUCCCCUGAUGGCAAGUACAGCAUAGGACCGAAAGACAACCCGGUACUGUCAGUGCAACUCCACGACAAACGCAUACAGAUCAAGGACCAAAUUCAGCUCUAUACACCAAAUCAUAUGCUGACGCAUCCUUUGGUGUCGCCCGUCCUGCAACCGACACUCGGGGGCCUGCCACCAUUGCUGAUCCAGGUAGGAGGCGGGGAGCUGCUUUGCGAUGAGCAGAUCUAUCUUGCUCACAAGGCGGCUCACCCGCUUGCCUACCUACCACCUCCGUCAAAUCACCAAUCCGCCGAGGAUAUCGAAGCUCAGGCUGCUAGAUAUCGCCCCACGAAUGUCCACCUCCAGGUCUGGGAUGAUCUGGCACAUGUAACGCCCACGCUCAGCUUCACGAGACCCGCGAAACACAUGUACAGAGCGAUUGCUCAGUUUGGAGCAUGGGCGCUGGCGCGAGCGCAGAAGGCAUCGAUUGACAUCUUGGACGACGAUGCCAUCUCUUUCAUCAGCACAAGCUCUUCAGAUUCAUCCUCUGACUCGAAGACAAAGCCGGAACCAUCGUCCGCAGAUAUGAAACUCGCCAUGCCUCAGAGCGCUCAACAUGUCGGCUUCGAGAGCAUAGCCAACAAGGAAACGAACGAGAUCAAGGUCGGCAGAGCCGGCGACCCCCUUCCUCCAUUCCAGAACCACAUGAUCCGUCAACGCAUCGACCGUCACGGCCGCAUCUACGACCUUGCUCCGCCCAGCGAACUGCCGGCUCUUAACGUCCCGCGCAUUGAGGUCGGCGUUCCUAAGCCAGGUCCCGUAAACAAAUGGAUGGCUGCGCAAACGAAUUGGAACGAGAGGUUCGCCAAACAGAAGAUCAAGGUGCAGAGGAAGAGGCUCAAGGAGAUGGAGAAGGGUUACGAGACGUUUGAGGGGGAGAAACCGCCGCCUACAGCCCUGGCCGGUCGGCGCGUUAAGGGCAAGAUGGUGGAGAAAGCACCGAAGAAGAGCUGGGGGAUGGCGCUCUGGAGUCUGUGGGGAAGUAAGCAUGACGAAGCGACGGUAUGCAAUUCCGCGAAGUAUGGAGCUGACUUGUCACAGAUUAUCAGGGAAGAAAAGGCGGACAUCCCGUCCAACCCCGAGCUUUCCCAACCCACAGACAACACCGGCCAAGCUGCACAAAAGUCCCAACCGCUCCGCAGAUCGCGCUCCCGCGGCAACAGGAAAACUACACUCUCGCCAUCCACUGUCACGUCUCGAUCCCGCUCCCGGUCCCACCACACGACCGUCACGGACGAAGGCCAAAUUCCCCCUUCCUCCGCCGUUUCACCCACGGAUGCUCUCAACCGACUUGCGCCGCCCGUCCCAGGUCUCGCCGAAGCGACAACGAUCGCUCCCGAACGAAAAGCUAGUCCCCUCCCUUCGCCGAGGAGUGAGCUUAGUUCCCUACGUCCAGCACCGCCUACACCUGGCAUCACUAUCGAUGAUGUCGCCCGCCCGCAGUCGCCGCAGACGUUGAUCCCGGAGACGGAUACGUUGAGUACGAGGCCUACGAGGGGAGGUGUGGCGUAUCCGUUUCGUCUAAAGGUGGAUAAGGCGAGCGGGACGGAGGUCAAUGCGAGUACCGCGACGUUGGAGAGUUUUGAUGUCAGGGGAAACGAGAGUGAGGGUGAGGAAACUGCGGGCGAGGAUGUAGUUGGGGAGGAGAAGCGGAGAAUGGACAGGGAUAGCGGUGAUGCUGGAAGGCCUGGUGUAGAGCGCUUUGUCACGGCCGGCACGGGCGACUUGUUGCGGAGUCUCGAAGCUGGUCAAGCUGUGCAAGAAGAAGCCAAUGACAAUGUCGGCGAGAACGAUGAUGGCGAUGGAGAGAAGGCGAUAAGACCCGGUGUAGAACGGUUUGAGACCGCGCAUACUUCGUUGACAUCUUCUUGA